CCCUCUCAUUCCAGAGGACUCCGCGUCGUCAGGCCCGCUUCGCGUGCGACGCCGGCAUAUAGGGUUUCGCCGGCGCCGGCGAUGGACCCACCCCCCGUGAGCCCCGAUCGCUGGGGGCCCAGUCAGGGCGCUGGCGUCGGGCCCUCCGGCCUCCGCCGAUAUGGCCUCAAUUUCUCCGCCUCCAGCCUCCUCCAGGCCCCCAUCGCGGCCCUCCUUGAGUACUCCGGCGUAGUCCAGUCCGGCCCUGCCCUGGCGGCGCACCACCCGUCCGCGGGGCCCUCGUCGCCGUUGUCGGCGUCGGAGGUCGAUGGUCUUCUCUCCGCUGCCGCCGCUGGGGACGGGGAGGUUUCGAUCCGGAUUCAGGGCGGCCCAGGCGACACGGAGGCCACGGGCGGGCCGGAUGCGGGGACCUCGUCCGAGGAUUUGAUCGAGGCGACCGCCGGCUCUGAGGUUGACCAGGCCUCCGCUGCGGGCAGGGGUGCAGGCGCUACGGAUGCGGAGGCAAACGGUGGCGGGGCCGGCACGUCGGGGAACGGGGGCGGGGACCGCGCGUACCAGCGCUACGACGUGCACCACGUUGCGCGGUGGUUCGAACAGAUAUUGCCGUUCUCGCUGCUUCUACUCGUCGUCUUCAUACGGCAGCAUCUUCAAGGUUUCUUUGUCACAAUUUGGAUUGCUGCGGUAAUGUUCAAGUCGAACGAUAUAUUGAGGAAGCAAACUGCCUUGAAGGGCGAGAGAAAAAUAUCUGUACUCAUUGGUAUUACAGUAAUCUUCAUGAUUCAUGUGUUUGGCGUAUAUUGGUGGUACAGGAAUGAUGAUCUUCUCAGACCUUUGUUCAUGCUUCCUCCAAAAGAUAUACCACCAUUCUGGCAUGCGAUUUUUGUCAUCAUGGUCAACGAUACAAUGGUUCGCCAAGCUGCAAUGGCUGUCAAGUGCAUGCUGCUUCUGUACUACAAGAACUGCAGAGGUCGUAACUACCGUAGACAGGGCCAAAUGUUAACCCUUGUGGAGUACCUUCUGCUUCUUUAUCGUGCUUUGUUGCCAACUUCUGUUUGGUAUCGUUUCUUUCUGAACAAGGAAUAUGGGAGUCUCUUCUCAUCUUUAACCACUGGACUGUAUCUGACUUUCAAGUUGACUUCGGUAGUUGAAAAGGUUCAGUCAUUCUUGGCCGCGGUGAAAGCACUGUCACGUAAAGAUGUGCAUUAUGGGUCUUAUGCGACUGCAGAACAGGUACUUGCUGCUGGUGAUAUGUGUGCCAUUUGCCAGGAGAAGAUGCAUGUGCCUGUUCUCCUUCGCUGUAAACAUAUUUUCUGUGAAGACUGUGUUUCCGAAUGGUUCGAGCGAGAGCGGACUUGCCCCUUGUGCAGAGCAUUGGUAAAACCUGCUGAUAUCCGGUCAUUUGGUGAUGGUUCUACAAGUCUAUUCUUCCAGUUGUUCUAGACUGCAAGCGGUAAAAUCCUAACAUAACAAUGGACGAGCUAUUGCAUGAAAACUCGAGUGGAGGUCCUUUUAACGCCAUCAUGUGAAACCAUCUUCCGCAAUGUUGAGAUCAAUGUGAGAAGGUUCAUGACAGUCACGACAGUGCAGUCGUUAUUUGUUUAUAUAUUCAACCAAAUAGUUUACAGAGCUUUUUAGUUGCAACAGAGGCAAAAUGUUUCCAGCAGACUGCUUUCAGAGCCUUUAGAACUCUGCUGGACAAACAAUUUGAUCGUUGAGGUCUGCUGAGCCGACAACCGUAUGCCUCCUGUAAAAUUCUGGUAUUUUUUUUUAAUUUUUUUUUUGCAUAUGUGGGCUUACGUGGGUG